AUGAAGCACAAGAUCUUUACUGCUAAUGGACCCAAUGGAGGUGCCAAUGAGAAGAGAGUUCAGUAUAUCAAAAUAGAAUUCAAUCAUGACCCUUAUGCAACAAAUAACAAGAACUGUAUUUUGGAAGAUAAUUCUGGCCACAACAUUGUAGGAUGUAUUGAAGAGGAAGGAAUCUGGAGACAAAGAGAUCUGUUAACAGCCACUGUGAUUGUCCAGAUGAAACACACUGAAUGCCUGAGGCAGGAUGGUUUUAGGAAAGUGCAAAGAAGUGCAAAGAAGAGGACAAAUAGGAAAAGAAUUCACAGGCCAGAAGUACAGGGUAGAAGAACAAGUUCACUGAAACCAUGGAUGAUUGCCCUUAUUAUCAUAGCCGUUGUGUUGGUUCUGGCAAUAGUUAUUGGUCUACUUGUUUAUUUUUUGGCAGAUGAUCAGAAGUAUCACUAUUACCAGGCCUCCUUCCGGAUCCCCAGUAUCGAAUAUAAUCCUGAUUUUUCAGUAGAACAUUCAAAAAUUAGGGCUGAUAUGAAACAAAAAAUCAAUGAUGAGAUAGAUAUGACAUUUCGAAGAUCCAGUUUAAACCAUCUUUACAUCAAGUCUCAUGUUAUCAACCUUAGGCCAAGUAAUGAUGGUUUGGAAACAGAUGUACUUCUUAAAUUUCAGCUUACUUCUAGCAAUGCAGACACAAUAAAAAGGCAAGCUGACAAUAUUUUGCAUCAGGAGUUGAAAUCAAAUGAAAGCUUCUUGAAGAUCGAUACUUCAUCACCUUAUCUUCGAGAUAUAAAUGCAGCACAAGCAGAGCACAUUCUGAACAGCUGUUGUGGUUUAGGGAAGGAAUCCCCAUCCAUGGAAAGAAUUGCUGAUGGUCAAAUUGCAAAAAGUGGUGAUUGGCCGUGGCAAGCCAGCCUGCAAGUGGACGGCAUCCACUUCUGUGGAGCAUCUUUGAUCGGUGAUGAGUGGCUGCUGACUGCUGCUCACUGUUUUGACACUUACAAAAACCCCAAACUAUGGAUGGCUAGUUUUGGAACAACCCUAAGCCCUCCACUGAUGAGGACAAAGGUGCAGUCAAUUAUUGUUCAUGAAAACUAUGCUGCCCAUAAGCACGAGGAUGACAUCGCCGUGGUGAAGCUCUCCACCCCCAUCGCAUUUUCCCAUGACGUGCACAGAGUCUGUCUCCCGGACGCUACUUUUGAAGUCUUGCCUGGCAGUAAUGUGUUCGUCACUGGAUGGGGAGCAUUAAAAGCAAACGGUCCCCUUCCCAAUACUCUGCGACAAGUUGAAGUAAAGACCAUAAGUAAUGAUAUAUGCAAUGAAGUUAAUGUAUAUGGUGGUGCUGUAUCAACAGGAAUGAUAUGUGCUGGAUUCUUGACAGGAAAACUAGAUGCCUGUGAGGGUGAUUCUGGAGGACCUCUGGUUAUUUCACGUGGUAGAAGUAUCUGGUAUCUUAUUGGAAUAGUAAGCUGGGGCAUAGGUUGUGGAAAAGAAAACAAACCUGGACUUUAUACCAAAGUGACUUAUUAUCGGGACUGGAUUAAAUCUAAAACUAACAUCUAA